UAGAGCUACAACUACGGUAGAGUGCAGUGUACCACUACAGUAGUUGCCGCUCACGGGCCUGCGUCAUGUGAGUUAGUAACACACUACAGUGAUUGCUUUUAUUGCUUUGGGUUUUCUUGGAUUUGUUCUUUAAAAGCGUAAAAAUAGAUCCUUACUAAAUAGAAGUUUUUUCAUAUAAAACGUUUUACAGGCCACAUAUAAAUAAGUGAACCUUUUUAAAAUUUUACAAAAUACCGGUUAUAAAAUGUUUAAUAUAUGGAAAUUUUUCAGCAGCAAAGGAUGGAUGUUCUGGAAGAGAAGGCGUCACUUGGUGACCUUUCUCGCAUUCUUGGGAUUCUUCAAUAUCUACACCCUAAGGGUGACACUGAACGUGGCUGUGGUCGCAAUGACAUCUUUCUAUCCCGUCGCUUUAGAUAAUGGAACAGUUGUACAAAUUCAAGACUUUAACUGGGACUCGAAAACAAGAGCAGUUGUUUUAAGCUCCUUCUUCUGGGGGUACGUUUGCACUCAAAUCCUGGGCGGGUGGCUGGGUGCCCGCUUGGGUGGCAGCAGAGUGUUCGGGUUUGGGAUCUUCGUGACAGCAUUGCUUACAGUGUUCAGUCCCCCUCUGGCCCGGGUGAACGUGUAUCUCCUGGUGGCCACUAGAGUCGUCCAGGGUUUUUUUGAGGGAGGAACGUACCCUUGUCUACAAGCCUUGUGGGCGCGAUGGGCUCCACCCCAAGAACGGACUCUCAUGGUGGGGGUGGCUUUCUCCGGCGUACCCGUGGGUACAGUGCUCGGCCUGCAAAUUACUGGGCUCAUUGGUUCCUAUCUGGGUUGGUCUGCAAUGUUCUACUUCACAGGAGCGGUUGGUCUGGCGUGGGUUUUCGCCUUUUGGCUCAUUGUGAAGGACGAUCCGGGAAAGGACCCGCAUAUCUCUGAACAUGAGCUAAAAUACAUAAGAGAUUCCAUUGGGAACUCUGAAACUGAGUUUAAUAGUGUACCGGUGAAAUAUCCUUGGAAAAAAAUUGCCACUUCUAUACCAAUUUGGGCAAUUAUCGUAGCCAACUUCUGCAAUACCUGGACCCACUACACAGUACUCAAUCAGCUCCCUACAUACAUGAACGACGUAUUUGGAUUCGACCUGAAACAGAACGGCCUGCUGACGUCAUUGCCCUAUAUAAUGAUGGGGAUAACCAUGCACUUCUGUGGUGGGCUCAGUGACUGGCUUCAAAACAAAAACGUUCUCACGACAACGCAGGUACGGAAGCUGUUUAUUUGUGGUGCGUAUAUUGGUCAGGGGACUUUCCUGUUCCUCGCAGGCCGUUCGCAGACACCACAGGGGGUCAUUCUGUCUUUGAUUGGUUCUGUCGGCCUGGAGUCUCUCGCUCUCACCUCAUACUAUUGUAAUACUCUUGAUCUUGCACCUCGGCAAGCGAGUGUUCUGUUUGGUCUAUCGAACACAGCUGGAUCCUUGUCUGGAAUCAUCAGUCCCCUACUCGCCGGGUUUAUUGUCACAGAUAAGAGUGCAGAACAAUGGCCAAUUGUUUUCUACACCUCCAGCUGCAUUGCUCUCUCCGGAGCAUUGUUCUACGGGAUAUUCGGCUCUGCUGAAAGAAUGUCCUGGUCUGUAGAAGAGGAACAAGCAAGACAAAACAAACAUGUUGAAAACAACUAAUGAAGACUACGAAUUUCAGUUAUUUUUAUGACUAAUUAUUAUAGUUCAUUUUCAUAAAUUGUAAUUAUUUAUGUUCUGUAUCUGUUUUUAUUUUUAACGGCUUGAUUAAAGGUGACCCUUA